AACGUUAUAGACUUAUAGGCGUGAGAGAGAGUAGAGUACACGCUGUUUGAUUUGUCUUGAUCAAAAUUCAGAAAUAAGCAGAGGUGUGGGACGCAUCAAUUGUGAAUCAUCGAAGAAGUAUCAGGUUGAGAUCGAUCGAUCUUCCUCUCUCAGCGAAAAUGAACGACGCAGAUGUCUCCAAGCAGAUCCAGCAGAUGGUUAACUUCAUCCGCCAGGAAGCGGAGGAGAAAGCCAACGAGAUCUCCGUCUCCGCUGAAGAAGAAUUCAACAUCGAGAAGCUGCAGUUGGUUGAAGCAGAGAAGAAGAAGAUCAGGCAGGAGUACGAGCGUAAACAGAAGCAAGUCGAAGUUCGCAAGAAGAUCGAGUACUCGAUGCAGUUGAAUGCUUCUCGCAUAAAAGUUCUUCAAGCUCAAGAUGAGGUGGUUGGUUCCAUGAAAGAAGCUGCGGCCAAGGAGCUUUUGAAUGUGAACCAUCAUCACCAUGUGUACAGAAACCUUCUGAAAGAACUCAUUGUUCAGAGUUUGCUAAGGCUGAAAGAACCUUCUGUCUUACUGAGAUGUCGGAAAGAAGAUGUACACUCGGUAGAGCAUGUAUUGGACUCAGCUGCACAGGAGUAUGCUGACAAAGCAAAUGUUCAUCCACCAGAGAUCAUUGUUGACCGCGAGGUGUAUCUUCCACCUGCACCCAGCCAUCACAGCGAUCAUGAACCUUACUGCUCUGGUGGGGUUGUAUUGGCUUCCCGAGAUGGAAAGAUUGUGUGUGAAAAUACACUUGAUGCACGACUGGAUGUGGUGUUCCGUAAAAAGCUUCCUGAGAUCCGAAAGCUGCUCUUUGGACAAGUUGCUGCUUGAAGACUUCGGUUGUUUUGUUUCCUUGCUCCUGAAAUAUUUAUGUUUGUGGAACAAAGCUUGUCCUUGACCUUAGUAUCUAUCGUGCCAUUGCUGCUGCAAACUUGUUAUUGCUCUCAUUUAAAUAACAUCAUUCUUUUGUUA